GGGUGGGACGAGGCUGGCCGCUACGGCCGCCGCGCCAGGGUGACCGGUAGCGUAGUAGCCGAGGUGGCGGCGCGGCGCGGCGCAGGGCGGGGCGGGCAGAGAGAGGAGGAAGGAGGUGGUGGUGCAGGAUGGCGGCGAUGACCUACGAACGGCUAAAGCUGCAUAUCACACCUGAAAAAUUUUAUGUGGAAGCUUGUGAUGACGGAGCAGAUGAUGUGCUUACCAUUGACCGUGUGUCCACAGAGGUUACCCUCGCAGUCAAGAAAGAUGUUCCUCCUUCAGCUGUCACAAGACCAAUAUUUGGUAUACUGGGCACUAUUCAUCUGGUGGCAGGUAAUUAUCUUAUUGUCAUUAUGAAAAAGAUAAAAAUAGGUGAAUUUUUCAAUCAUGUAAUCUGGAAAGCAACAGAUUUUGAUAUCAUUUCUUAUAAGAAGACAAUGUUGCACUUAACUGAUAUUCAGUUACAAGAUAAUAAAACUUUCCUAGCAAUGUUAAACCACGUCUUGAGUGUGGAUGGAUUUUACUUUUCAACAACAUAUGAUUUGACCCAUACUUUGCAGCGGUUGUCCAACACUAGUCCAGAAUUCCAAGAAAUGAGUCUCUUGGAAAGGGCAGAUCAGCGGUUUGUAUGGAACGGCCAUCUUCUAAGAGAACUUUCUGCUCAGCCAGAGGUUCAUCGGUUUGCUCUUCCAGUGUUACAUGGCUUUAUUACCAUGCAUUCAUGUUCUGUUAAUGGAAAAUACUUCGAUUGGAUACUCAUCUCGAGGAGGAGUUGUUUCAGAGCUGGUGUGCGCUAUUAUGUAAGAGGAAUUGAUUCAGAAGGCCAUGCUGCUAACUUUGUCGAAACAGAACAAAUUGUGCACUACAACGGAAGCAGAGCUUCGUUUGUGCAGACUCGAGGUUCAAUACCAGUUUUCUGGUCCCAAAGACCAAACCUCAAGUAUAAACCACUGCCACAGAUCAACAACGUAGCAAAUCAUAUGGAUGGUUUCCAAAGGCAUUUUGAUUCACAAGUAAUUAUUUAUGGGAAGCAAGUCAUAAUCAAUCUGGUCAAUCAGAAGGGAUCAGAGAAGCCACUUGAACAGAAAUUUGCAACAAUGGUGUCUUCCUUGGGAAGUGGAAUGAUCAGAUACAUUGCCUUUGACUUCCACAAGGAAUGUAGAAAUAUGAGAUGGGAUCGACUGAGUGUUUUAUUGGAUCAGGUAGCAGAAAUGCAAGAUGAAUUAAGUUAUUUUCUAGUGGACUCUGCUGGCAAGGUGGUGACAAACCAGGAAGGCGUGUUCCGCAGCAAUUGCAUGGAUUGUCUAGAUAGAACCAACGUGAUCCAGAGUUUAUUAGCUCGUCGUUCACUUCAGGCCCAACUUCAGAGACUAGGAGUUUUGCAUGUGGGACAAAAGCUUGAAGAACAAGAUGAAUUUGAAAAGAUUUACAAAAAUGCCUGGGCUGACAAUGCAAAUGCUUGUGCCAAACAGUAUGCGGGAACUGGUGCCUUGAAGACUGACUUUACCAGAACCGGAAAGAGGACUCAGUUGGGGCUUCUAAUGGAUGGCUGGAACUCACUAAUAAGAUAUUAUAAGAACAACUUUUCAGAUGGAUUUAGACAAGAUUCCAUAGACCUAUUUCUUGGGAACUAUUCAGUUGAUGAAUUAGAAUCACAUAGUCCUUUAAGUGUUCCAAGGGAUUGGAAGUUCCUGGCUUUGCCUAUUAUCAUGGUUGUUGCCUUUUCAAUGUGCAUUAUCUGUUUGCUUAUGGCUGGUGACACUUGGACAGAAACGCUGGCGUAUGUGCUCUUCUGGGGAGUUGCAAGCAUUGGGACAUUUUUUAUUAUUCUUUACAAUGGCAAAGAUUUUGUUGAUGCUCCCAGAUUGGUCCAGAAAGAAAAGAUAGACUGAAUUUGUGUUUGUGGAAAGCGGCUUGGCUUGGAAGAUUCCAUUAUGCAGAACUGGAGUCUUUACUGACCCGCUUUCCACGUCAGCCGAGGUCUUUUUAAAGCCUUUAUUCAAAAGCACAUCUUGUGCUUUGUGUGAAGUGAUAACAGAAUUGAUCUGAUCUUCCUGCCUUGAUGGUCUCAUUACCAUUGGGAGAGUUAUAUUUAUAAUUUGAAGCUAUCUGUAAUUAAAAUGUAACCUGAAUUCAACUCACAGAAUAGAAGUUGAAUCUAUUAAUUGAAUACUUUUCAUUGUCCAUUUAAUCAACUGUUGCAGAAUAAGUAAUAUAUUUUAAAAAAUAUAGCUUCUUUCAUUAUUUAAAACAGUAAAAUUAUUUUUCUAUCUCAGUUUCAUUGUCAUUAUAGAAGUAGUUACUGUUAGCAGGCAUACUUUCCACAUACUCUUUGGACUUCUGAUUAAAGUUUAAUGAUAAGCUACCUAUGUCUGUAAAAUGUAAGUCCCUUAGACAUCACGUAGUUUGAUGAGAUAAUCUGUUAUGUGGUAGGGAAGAGAAGAAUGGGGUCUGGGGUUCUUUGACAUUUCCAGCAGGCUACCUCGCUGCUGGAGUGUGUUGAAAGAGUUCAGAUAUACUUUAUCUUUUUAAAAAGUUGUAAAUAAAAUCAAAGAAUGUAAAGUCUAUCUCUUAUGCUAAAGGUCCAAAGCUGUCUCUAUUUUAAGGAUUGCCCCAGUGUGGAAAAUACCAUAGACUUGUCAGCUGUAAAUUUGGGUUUCUUUGGAGGUUACUUAUUGAGACAUGCAGGCCUCGAGAGGGUCUUGUGCCAGAUUUGAUGCUGCACUUGGGGGCAACAGCUGCUUUUCCACGCAUGGUACUAUUGAUGCUUUUCACUGUGUCAAGGAUUUUGUUGGCUAUCAAUAAGUGUGUCCAAAACUUAGUGAUUCCAAGUAGUCGUAGUUCUCCAAAUCAAGGACCAACUUAAACUUUAAUUUAUGUGCAAAAACAGACCUGAAAAAUAUGCUUCAGAAGCUGUGCAUAGUUCAUGGUAAGUCCGAUUGUAUUUUCAAAUUGUAAUUAUGAGAUUUAAGUAUUAGAGCAGUAUGUAAAGUAGUAUAAUUAUCACUAUUUUAAAACAAUUCAUUUAAACACUGCUAUAAUAUUUCAUUGUUAUCCUUGAAAAUGCGUACAGUUUUUUCCAAUAGUAAUACCUUAUGUUGUCCUUAAAUAUUUUCUAAAAGCGCCUUUGUGUCAACAUUACCUUUUUUCCAACAUUAUCUUUUAUAAGCAUUAAUAAGAGUUAUUAGUUUUAAAAACUAAAGGAAUUAAGAGCUGGAAACCCCUCUGUAGCUUAAAAUCAAUCAUUAAAACUAACAAUAAAGUAAAUAUAGCCACCUAUUCUUAACAUGUAAAUAAGUGUAAUUUGUUCCAAAGAUGGAAUACUGAAGCUUAGUUCAUGUCUGCUGUAAUAUAUUAUUUAAAUGCUACUGGGCAUUUCACGUUAAGAACUUAUGUCAAUAACUACAACAGAGACCAAAUCCAAACUGCUAAUGUGACUGCUUUAUAGGGAAUGGACUAAUAUUGGUGUGUUAGAUUAUAAGGUAUUAAUAUUUCAGAACCCUGCGAUGAUUUUGUUUCUAAAUUCAUGUACUAUAUACAGCCUUAAGUGAGAAUAAAAUGUCAUAUUAUUUU